UUUCCGACUACAACCCUCUCUUGAUUUAAUCAAUUGUUCGGACAAGACUUGACAAAUAUCAAAUACCAGUCAAAUUCAACUACAAUUACCGCCCGAGAUACUGGGAGGCUUGGUGCAUGUUGUCUUCAGCCCUCCGGAAUUUUGCACUCGUCUCUGAUUCUUACUCCUCUGUGUUCGAGAAAGAUGCCUGAUCACGACAACAACCCGUGGUCUGACAUCUCCACAAGACUGCAAAAUCUCAGAAAUCUCCUCAGCUCCGAACGAAGUCUGGUCACUGAUCACCAACGAGCGAUCGAGGCAAUUGAUAGAGAGAUGGUACAUCAUGAAAGGAGAAGAAGAGAUAUGGAAACAGCACAUCUACUGGACGACGACUCAUAUUCGACGUCUGAAGAUCUACCACAGCCUGGCAACUCUUCCAGUCUGGUGCGUAGUAGAAGAAGGGCCUUUCGUCCUAGCGAGCGGUUGCAGAGAUACCAAAGACAAAGAUUGGGUCAGUGGACUAGGGCAUUGUCGUCUGGAUCUUCCAUGGCUUCUUCGUCACAGUCCAACAAUGACCGUGGUGACCGAUUGACGGCAAAGCGGAGAAAACUUGAUGAUGGUACCUACGAAGACGAGCCUAGGACUUUCAGCUACGGUCACUACGGACAGGUUGUGCCGGGCCUGUUACGAAUGGAGGUGGCCGUCUGCGAUGGAGGGGAAUAUCUUGAUCCUCGAAUUCCUAUCCACUCAUAUCCACAGCAUAUCCUUGUCGACGACUCCAGAGUGUAUUGUACAAAGAGCAGCCAGUGCGACCUCUUACUCAAGCAUGUGGGAGGAAUGCCCUUCACCUUGACAAAGGUCGUUAUCAGGGCGCCUAGAGCGGGAUUUGACGCUCCCAUACGAACUGGACUCAUAUUUGUUGCUAUGGAUGAAGCUAAUCUUCUCGAAAAGGCCGCCAAGUAUGAUUUGGUGGAAGACCCAGAAGAUCAUCGGUCUAGACCUCUGCGCGAAGUGACUCGCCCUUCUCGUGAGUAUAUGAACUCGACGAGAUCACCGUUGCAUACGCGGUAUCGUUUGAGGUAUCCUGAGAAUCUCAUUGGCCAGGAUGCUGCUCCUGAAGCGGAUACCACACGGAAUACUCGCGCAGACACUGAUUCUCCUGACGGAGAGGACGAGGAGGAAGUCGAGGGGCCAUCCUCACCACGACCGUGGCACGACGACGAGUACUCACUGAGAUCCUAUGUUGACAGAUAUAGACCGACCUACCGCACACCUGACAAUGGCUCUGUAUCGGGCGAAUCCGAAGGCUGGGACGAUGCUGAACAACACGCUGACGAAGAUCCGCCAAAUCAUGAAACCCAGGUCCCAGAUGUGAUAUCAGUACAUUUGCCUCACUACAACGAUAGAUCUUUGACAGAGCGUGAUCCUGGCCCUGAUAACGAUGCCAUUGAAAGUCGACUUUCGAUACAGAGGAGAAGUUCUAUACGUACGUCUAGAUUUCGCGCCUAUCAGUCUGAGCCCAUCUCUCCAACGAUCGACCCAUCUAGUCCUUCUAGGAGUCUUCUUGACGACUCUAUGGCCAAAAUCUCGAGAGUCGAACCUGAAGCAAACAACUCGGCCGGAAGUUCAAACCCUGGUACCAUGCCGCCGGCCAGGUUCGAUAUCAGUCAAGGACAGUCCAGUGCUUACGUCAAGUUUGAACCUCCAUUGACUGGCCGUUUUAUCUUGAUGAAGCUUUGGGCGCCAAACAACUGUAAGAAUAUUGAUAUCCAGGCCAUUCUUCCGUGUGGGUACGGAGGUCCUCGAUUCUUCCCGAGCAACGAGUUCAGAUGAGUUUAUGAUGGCUACGAAUUCUUAAUGUCUUGAGUUUCAGCACACUGUGAUCACGAGAUCAAUGAUAUGGAUUUGGAAAACAUAUGAUCAUCUCAUAGAGGCUUUCAUAGCCCACCCAGAAUUAAUACUAUUUUCGAGUAUUAGUAAUACUGGCGAAGACGACGUUAGAUGAAUUGAUAGCUUGAAAGCCUG